GAAUCGAAUGCAUUUGAAGUGCUGCUUUCGGACAAUUAGGUCCGAUUUUUUCUCCCGCCUCAAAGUCUGAAACAUUAUGAUGUUGCUGCUUUUGUUGGCAAUCGUUGGAGCAUACGCCACGGCUUGGUGGCUCUUGGAGAACUUAAUUAUCCCAGCUGCAAUCAUCACAUGGAGUUCGCUCAGAUUGUCAGCGAGUCGGAAGAAAUCACUCGCUCAGCGGUAUGGCAAGUGGGCAGUUAUAACCGGUGCUACCGAUGGAAUCGGCAAGGGCUAUGCUCAACAAUUGGCAAAUAAAGGUAUGAAUUUGGUGUUGAUUUCCCGCUCGGAAGCAAAGCUGAACAAGGUUAGUCAAGAAAUCAGAAUCGCGACGGGAGUUGAGGUCAAAACGAUCGUGGCGGAUUUUUCCCAUGGAGAACCGAUCUACGAGAACAUCCGCGAGCAGCUCGAAUCUAUCGAUAUAGGAAUGCUUGUGAACAACGUGGGAGUGAUGGGACGUUUAGACGCAUUCGAAACCCUUUCGCAACAACACCACCUUCAGAUUGUUAACGUCAACGUACUGUCGGUGCUCUUAAUGACGCACAUAGUCCUCCCUAAGCUGAAGAAAGCUGCCCGAGGCAUCAUCAUCAAUAUUUCAUCUGGAUUGGCAGUCUUUCCUGGUCCAUAUGUCGCCUCGUAUUCGGCAUCGAAAAGUUUCGGUCACAGCUUUACGUUGGCCUUGCAGGAAGAACUUCGAGGUUCUGGUGUUGAGUGCCAACUUGUGGUGCCAGGUUUCGUCAGGACCAAUAUGAUCGAAAAUUUGUCAUUCAAGAACAUUGGAGGAAGGCUGCUGCCGGAUGUCCAUCAGUUUUGCGCCAGUGCCACGUGGCUGAUUGGAAAAACGGAUCAAACGGCCGGACAUUGGUAUCAGGGCCUUUGGAACGUGCUCAGCAACCUCGUUCCUUUCUCGAUUCGGAAAAGAGUGACGGGACUUAUAUUCAAACACUUGCUGGCCGGACAGACGGAUAAAGUUAAGCGAACAAGCCUGUGACAUCACUGGUGAUGGAGCAAUCUUACAUUAUAAUAUAUGUGAAAGGGUUGUUCAUAAACCAGGAUGACUAAUUCUCCGAUAUCUAUGAGAGGGAAUUCUCUCUCAUUCUUUCCAGACGACAAUUUAAAAAAAUUGUGUGGACUAUAGAUAUUGGAAACACCAAAAGAAUCGUCUUUUCAAUACAUUCACAUGGUUCAUGAAGGGUGCUUGCAAAAACGUCAAGUAUUUUAGUUAUUAUAAUAUGUGAUAAUCGUUUGUCAACCUUGAUAAAUCCGAUGAUAUGUGUUGACUGUUACUGCUGUUUAUAUAAAUUAAUUGAAAAAUAAAAACUUGCUUGUGUCUCAACAA